AUGCGCCUUACGCGGCUGCCACGGAUCACUUUCAGCAGGGAAGCCGAGUCAGCGAACGCGAUACAGUCGUGUAUCCAGUUGUUCGCAAUGAGCGUCACGGCGAUCAUCACCGUGACGAGGAGAUACCUUCAGGUCGCGGUGAUCGACAAUACGAUCCACUAUUUAGCGUAUCUUUCCGGCGCCGUUGGAGAGGUCGCGGGGCAGCUCCGCGACGUUGGGCGUCGUGUUAAAUUCGUUGAAAACGACGUUCACCAGGCUCGUGAUCUGGCGGCGGAGGCGGACGGUCGCUCACUGGCGACUGAGACAACUGUCACCGGGUUUUCUCGGCGACUCGAGCGUCUUGAGAAGUUAAACGAGGCGCUACGGCGGAAGAACGCAAUCUUGAGGGGUCAGCGUCCACCUGAUCCGCCGAGGCCUCCGCGACAUCGGGGGUCACGCUAUGCGCCCCCGAAACAUCCAUCUGCGUCGGGAGAAGCGACGGGUGAUACCGCUUAA